AUGGCGUCGUCGGCGCGCCGAGCCGCUGCCGAGCCGUGCGACGCGACCGAGCACGACUCGAGCAGCAAGCUCUUUCGUUCUAUUGAUAGAGACAGCGCGCAAGCAGCUGUAGUCAAACACCAACCCUGGCAGCUCGUCUGCAUGGGCUCGUGUUUCGUGAUCAGCGUGGUCGUCAUGAUGGGCUUCGGCGCCGCGUCCGUCUCCAGCUCUCCGCACCGCUCGCUGCCCGCCACUGUAGUAGGGCCGCGACGUGGCGGCGGCCGCGCCGGAGGUGCACUCACGUGGUGGUACUUCGGCGCGAACACCCAUGCCCCGGCGGCGACGGCGACGACGACGAACACGACCAUUGGCAACGUUCUACCGAGACUGCGCUCCGAAGAAACACCCGACGAGGAGUCGUCGAUCGAGACCCUGCGACGCCUAAAGGACAAGCUCGAGUCCUUGGCAGCGCAGCAGGCGCAGGCCACCGAGAAGAACACGACGGACUCGACGAAUCCCGCAGCCACUCGCCUUCCGAUUACGCCGACUGCGCGCGGCGCGCGCCGCGUCGCGCUGGACGGUUCCACUCCCGUACACUACGUCCUGGAGAUCGAGCCCAGCCUGGACGAAGCGACCAACUUCUCGUUCAAUGGAACCGUGACCGUCACCUUCGUGUGCCGCAAGCGCACGGACAAGAUCGCGCUCCACGCCGCGGCCGUACUGGCGGUGGACGUGCUCAACAUCGUGGCCACCUUCAGGAGCGUCCAGAAGCCGUUGCGCAUCGACAACACGUCUCGCAACGUGCUCGAGGACUUAUACGUCAUCCGGCUGAAAGAGCAGCUCCACAGGAACGAGCGCUACAACUUGACUCUGCGCUUCUCUGGUACGGUGGGCACGGAUCCCAAGGGGCUCUACCGGGUCAGCUACAUCGAAGCUCCCGGAAAGCGACACAAGUGGGCCCUGCUCACUAAAAUGCGCCCUAAGUACGCCCGGAGGGUGUUCCCCUGCUUCGACGACCCUUCGGUGACGGCCAGCUUUGACAUCACCAUAGUGCACAAGAAAGGGGUCAACGCCUUGUCCAACAUGCCAGUCUACAGGACGGAAAGAAGGACGCCAGACCUUGUGGCCGACACCUUUGCCAGGACGCCGAGGAUACCAACCCUGCUCAUCGCGCUCACACUGAACGACUUUCCGUCCUUCGGCAAGGGCACGAUGCGGGUUUGGACUCGUGCAUCGGCUACAGCCCUGGCACAAAAACUGGCUCUGGACGUCGUGCCCAAGUUGCUCGAGCAUUACGAAGAUUAUUACGAGACGAAGUAUCCGAUGCCGAAACUGGAUAUCGUGAUCCUUGCCAACUGCUCCAUUGUCACGUCCGGCUACUUUGGAUUGAUCUUCAUGAAGGAGCCGACGUUCGUCCUUCAGAAUCCACGAAAGACAAUGGCCAAAGAUGCUGUGCAGAGGUUGUCGGCUUUGGCUCAGGCCAUAUCGGCGCAGUGGUUUGGAAACCACGUGACGCUGUCUGGGUGGAAUAACAUUUGGCUGAGCCGAGCACUGGCCGGGUUCAACAAGUACUCGGCGCUGAAGAAAAUCGACCCCUACUGGGAUUCCGCUGACUUGGAGCUCGUCUACGACGUUCACGAGGCGCUGUAUUUAGACAGCCUGGGCACCCGCUACGCGCUGUCAGACGAGGACUCCAUCGAUAUGCAGGCCGAAAACCCUCUCAUCAACAUCGACCUAAAGAAGGUUGAAAACAUGUCGGGCACUCCCAUGGAUCUGACCUCGGUUAUGCACACGUGGACGAAGCAAGAUGGCUACCCCUUGGUUACUGUCAAAAGGUUCUACGCUUCGGGCACUGCCAAGGUCUCCCAGUGUCGCUACUACUUGAACGAACCUCGUUUGGAAAACAGCAACAUCUGGCACAUUCCGAUCACCUUUUCCAACGGAGGUCCAUUUUCGCAAUUCAGGGACCACCCUCCGGUCGUCUGGUUGUCGAAUCCUGAUGGCAAGUUGACGGACAUUCCUUACAACGGGACCUGGCUCUUGCUCAACCUGAAAGCCAAGGGUUUCUAUCGCGUGAACUACGACAAAAGGAACUGGAUGAUGCUCAUCGAACAACUGAAGAAAGACCACACGGCCAUACCGCAUCAAAACAGAGCACAGUUACUCGCUGACAUCUACGACCUUGCCCGGUCGGGCGCCCUUCAAAUGAGCCUAGCAUUCUCUGCCAGCCGCUACCUGACCAAGGAAAGAGAGUUUCUGCCAUGGAAAGCAGUCUUGAAUGCCUGGAGAGGCAUCGAGAAGCUCCUGCUGGGUACCAACAUAUUCCCGUCCUGGAAGGCUUUUGUCGUGCGCCUGAUCACCUCCGCUUACACGGCGCUAAACUGGGAAGAGAAGCCUUCCGACGAUGUUCAGAAAACGCUACUGCGCAGGGACAUCUACGCGUUGGCUUGUCGUUACGACUACGCCCCUUGCGUGUCGGCUGCAGUCAACUACUUCAAGGCGUUCAAGAGCGCCAGUCGACAGCAGAACAAGAUACCUCACAACCAUCGUGGCUUCGUGUACUGCGCCGCGGUGCAGCGGGGCGACUACUCGGACUGGAAGUUUGUCUGGGACCGCUUCGUGGAGCACGCGCACGAACCGGGCCUGGAGCGCUCCGAGCUCAUCUGGGCGCUGAGCUGCUCCACCAACCAGAGGAUCACUCGAACGCUCCUGAGGAAGACUCUGAACGAGAAGCUGUUGAACGUGAUUGACUGCGUCCGCAUAUUCACCUUCGUGGCGGAACGGAGUGUCGAAGGAAGGAACCUCACGUUGGACUUCAUCCGCAAGAACUGGCCGUCAAUGUUCUUCAUGUGGCGUGCAAGGUUCAUGGAGAUCCUGAUUCGCGUCGCUGCGAAAAUGGUGAAUGAUCAGGAGCUCGACCAAGUUCGCAACUUGUUCUACAAUUUCAAUGGGACUUCGGCUGAGGUGACCUGGGCCUUCCAGCAGCUCGACAGAAACGCCGCCGCGAACACAGCUUGGAUGGCGUCGCAAUACAAGCAGAUCAGCAAAUUUCUGGCUGAAGACGAGCGAAAGAGUAAAAACCUGAAAGCUUGAAAAGCGCUAGCUGCAAGUAGUGUGGGAUUAAAGGUGGUGCUU